AUGGCCCGCGCACGACGCCGUUCCGGGAGAACGCAAACCGAGAAGACGCCGGACACGGUAGGCGCCACCGAUGACGAUGCACAAACUCAACCAGCGCAGGAGGACAACGGAAACGGGGAGGACAACGGCGAACGCGACGAGGACGACAAGUGCCCAGCGUGCAAGAACACCGUGCGCCCCGAGGGCGAGCCGAUUAUCGCCGCGGACAAGGAGAAAUGGGUCCGGUGCGACGCGUGCAAGACGUGGUUCCACUGGCGGUGCGUCGGCGAGGGUGGUGACCUCGACACCAUCGGAAAAUGGUUCUGCCGACCGUGUCUCGACGCGGAUCCCGCGCGGGUGAUCACGAUGAAGCCCCCAGCGCGCAAGUCCGCGCGCAAGAAAAUGCAGCGGGACUACGCAGGUCUGAAUGCAGGAAACGAGGCGGACCCGAGCCGCUUUCUGCGCAUGAUGGAGGGCAAAGUUAUCAAGCGCGACCCGUUCGCGCGCAUGCCGGGCAGUGAGGUCGGGAUUGAGUGGCUGGAGGGCGAUGAGAGCGCCAUGAAAGAGCCCAUUCUGGUGGAAACGGAAGAGGGCCUUGGGAUGAAGAUGCCGCCUGCGGGGUUCACGGUGGACGAUGUGGUCGAGGCUCUGGGCGAGGACCAUCCAGUCGAGGUCAUCGACGUUGCAACGCAGUCAAAUACCCCAAACUGGACGCUGGGCAAAUGGCUAGAGUACUGGAAUACAGAGCCCUCGAAGCGCGACAAGAUACGCAACGUAAUCUCCCUCGAGAUAUCGGGCACACCCUUGGCCGACAAGGUCCUGCCGCCAAGGAUUGUGCGCGAGCUGGACUGGGUGGAGAAGUUCUGGCCAAACACAAAGAAGGGCCGUGGACAUAACUAUCCAAAAGUCCAGUUGUACUGUCUCAUGGGUGUUGGCGGUGCGUGGACAGAUUGGCACGUUGAUUUCGCGGGAUCCUCGGUCUACUAUCACAUCUUGCAUGGAUCGAAGGUCUUCUACUUCAUCCGCCCUAGCCAUGCGAACUUGGCCGCUUACGAACGGUGGUCAGGAACUGAGGUCCAGAACCAUUCGUGGCUCGGCGAUAUGUGCGACGAGGUGUUCAAGGUCGAAUUAACAACCGGGAACACGAUGAUCAUCCCUACCGGCUGGAUACAUGCGGUCUACACACCUGUCGACACGUUGGUCUUCGGAGGGAACUUCUUGCAUUCAUAUAAUGUCCCGACGCAGCUACGCGUGCGAGAGAUCGAGAUAGCGACACACGUCCCGAAGAAGUUCAGGUUCCCUUUCUUCGCAAGACUAUGUUGGUAUGCCGGCGAGAAGUACUUGCGCGACCUCAAGGCAAAGGAGGAAUUUUCGCCCCGAGUCCUCGACUCCGUGGAAGCUCUCGCCGAGUUCCUGGUGGCCGAGUCGCGGACGAUAGAACGCGGCGUAGAUCCCGCGAAGCGCCAGGCAAAGGAGGAAGUCCCGGGCGACCGCAUCAAAGACGCACCCGCUCUUGCGCGAGAGCUGCGCUGGCGGGUGCGGCAUGCAGCCGGGUACGCGAGCGACGACGACGGCCGGAGUCACCGCAAAGCGAAAGGCGCAGUCAACGGCGACGGCAGCACGAACGGCACCGGCAACAAGCGCAAGCGUACUGCCUUGGAUGAGGACGGCAUCGAGCUCUUCCGGAAUUACAAGCGGGCGUCCUGGGAUCGGGUGGAGGAUCGGCCGACAGAACGCGAGAGCAAGCUGAUGAAGGCGCGGAGACCAAACACGAGGUCAAAGGACUGGGUGGGCGAGUGGACAGGCGAGGACGUGAAGGAGGAUCAGGAGGGCGGGGAUGAGGUGCACGUAGAGCGGAAGCGGGACGUGAUCGUGAAAGUGCGCAAGACGGCGAAGGGGUUGGAGAGGCAUAGGGUGGAGAGGGUGCUCGAGAACUGGGUGUGGCAUGCGAGCCCAUCCUCAGCUUCGUCCUCUGCGCCGAACUCGAAACGGGAGCCUAUAGCGGAUGCUGGGCAGACUGCGGAGGACCCACCGCCCGCGGCGUCCUCGGUUGGGCCAACAGAUCCGGACUCGGUAAUGCAUGAAGCUCAGGAACAUGCACCCGCACCGAGCACGGCGAAGGAGGAGGAUGGCACUGCGUUAGUGACAGUGAGCGCAGGGAGUUGA